CCUCUUCCUUGUCACUCGCAAAGGUCAAGACUUUCUUCGGGCAAUUUAUGGUUUCGGAUAGGUAGACGGUGCGAUCCGUGUUUGUUGAAACAGGAGCAAGGAUCAUCACCCCAAGGAAGAAAAAGAAAGUUUCAGACUAUCAUGAGAAAAUUGGCGGCGGAGUCGGGUUCGGGUCGGGCGGUCCAACUGGUUUACGGAGACGAGAAUGGGAAGUUGAAGAUGGACCCCGAAGCUAUUGAUGCUCUUCAGCAACUUCAUGGCCCUGUUGCUGUUGUCUCCCUGUGUGGAAGAUCUCGCCAUGGCAAGAGCUUCGUCUGGAAUCAGCUUCUGAGCAGGAGCAUUGGAUAUCAAGUUGGAUCUGUUCACCGUCCACGUGCAGGAGAUCUAUGGAUGUGGAUAGAGCCAGUGAAAAGGAUUGCAGAAGAUGAUACCGAGUAUAAUUUAGUGUUACUCGAUGUUGAAACUGGUGACACUGAUGAUCGAUCGGAUACACACAGUACCCAGAUAUUCUCCUUGGCUGUCCUCCUGUCAAGCUUGUUUAUCUAUGGUCCGACAGGCAGUGAGGAUGAUAUUGCAGUUGAUAAUCUCUCUCUUCUAAUGGAGAUUGUCAAGCACGGACAUGACAGAGGUGUUAUGGAACAUAAUGUUUGCGGGAUCGAGCAGUUCUCUCCCAUGUUUGUUUGGCUUCUGAUGGACAUCAAUUCUAACAAAGUGGAUGAUAAUUCAAGAGUGUCAACUUCAGCUUCCCUAGAUUCAGCACAAGAGCGAGGUGCAUGCUGUGGAGAAGACGUAACUGCUAAGAAAAAAGUUCAUAAAUCUCUCCAGGCCCUCUUCCCAAAUCAAGAGCGUCUCACCCUUGCUCGUCCUACGAUCAGUGGGGAUGAAUUUCAAUACCCUGAUCAAAACUCGCUCGGAAAAUUGCAGCCCCGGUUUCUAUCCAGUAUUGAUGCACUUAUGAAGUUUGUCUUUGAGAGAACAAAGCCUAAGCAGAUAGGUGAUACAACUCUGACGGGGCUUCUUCUUGCUUGUUUUGCUAAAGGUUUCAUAGAUAGUCUCAACAACAAUGUUGUCCCCAAAAUUUCUUCUUCAUGGCAGAAUGUAGAGGAAUUAGAAUGUCGUAGGGCCUACGAAAAAGCAACUGAUGCGUAUCUGUCUUCGUUGAAGCCUAUGGAGGCUCCCGAUGAAUUUUCCCUGACGGAAGCUCACAGUAAGGCAGUUCUGAAAGCUAUGUCUGCGUUUAACGGAUCCGCGGUUGGAAACAGUGAAACAAGACAGAAGUAUGAAACAAAUCUUCGCAAUUUUUAUAGAAAGGCAUUUGAGGAUCACAAAAAGGUUGUGUGUAUGGAGGCGGAUUCAAGGUGCUGUAAAGCUAUAGAAGAUAUGGGGAAGAAGCUGCAGACAGUUUGUCGUGCUCGUGAUGCUCAUAUAAGCGAUGUGGACAAGGCCCUUGAUACUCUUGUAGAGGAAUAUGAAGUAUCUAUUCACGGUCCUAGGAAGUGGCAGAAACUGUCAUCCUUUUUGAGAAAGAGUUUACAGGACAUUCUUGUUCACCGAGGACAGAAUCACACGGCUGAACUUCUCUCUGAGAACAACCUCCUAAUGUCACAACAUCAUUCCAUGGAAAACACGGUAAAUUUGCUGAAAAAGCAACUGGAGGGAGGUGAAAAUCUGAAGAACGAAUACCAGAAGCGAUACAAGGAUGCCAUUGAUGACAUGAAGAAGAUCUCUGAUCAGUACAAAAGCCGCAUUCAUGAACUGGGAAGCAAGUGUAGGUCAGUCAAGGAUGAGUACUCAAAUCAGAUGGAGAAGCUGGAGUUUACAAGACAAGAAGCCCUUGAAUGGAAACGGAAGUACGAAGAGAUGUUAGAUGAGAAAAGGGUUGAUAGCAACUGGACUGAUGCGAAGGAUAAGUCGAUCACUAGGUGCAAUGGUGGGUCCAUUGAUUGGAAAAUCAAGUAUGAGAAUUCUGUGAGAGAGGCAAAAGAUGCUUUACAGAGGGCAGUCACGGUGGAGGAGAAGUUGAAGGAGGCAGUUGCUAGAGAAGAUGCCAUUAAAGCUCAAUUUUCCCGAGUUUUGGACGAUAAGGAGAAGAAACUUAAAGAAAAAGCUGUGGAGCUUGCAAAUUCAGAGCAGCAAUUAGCAGCCCUGCGGUUAGAGUUGAAGAAUGCCGAGUUGAAGGUGGAAAAAUUUUCUGUGGAAUUAGCAGACUUGAAGCCACAAAUCAGGGUUCUGAAUGAGAAGUAUGAAUCUGUGAAAUCUCAAGCCGAAAUGUUUGAAACUGAGGCAUUGGUGUUAAAGCGAGAGAAAACCGAGUUAGAAGAGAAGUACCAUUCUUGCGUGGAAGAACUCGGAAAAGUCAAAUUGAGGAUCAAAAUGGUAGAGAGUGAGGCUGAAACAUUGAAGGAACUUAUGAAUUCGACGAGAGCUGAAGAAGAGGCUGCUUCCCGGAACAAAGAAAACGAAAUCCAGAGGCUGUUUCAGGAAAAACAAAUCGAAAUAGACAAAGCUAAGGGGUGCAUCGAGGAUCUGGAGAAGCGGAACACGGAACUCGUCGCAUUGUUGGACACGAGAAUGAAAGAAAAGGAAAAAGAGAUUGCAGAGUUGCAGAGAAAUGUCAGUGCCCAGAAGGAAAACAUUGGUGAUAUGAGAGUGGAAAACUCUUUCGUGGUUUCGAGUGAAGCGGCAGAAACACCAAAAGUGAAGCGUUUGAAGGUGAAAGCAGAAGAAACUUAUUCGGGCUCAGAACUCGGGAAAGAAUCGAGUGGUGGUGAUGCGGUAGCAGAGGAAGAUGAAGAAGAUUCAGCCAAACAAGCGAGGGGGGGUGGUCAUAUAGAGAUGAUGACUCCGAGAAAAUGCACAACCCAUGGAGCCAUGGCGGCACCAUCGGCCGUGGGCUCGGACCACUCCAAGUACACAAUGAAGACACUUCGAAGUGAGAUAACGAGACAUGGGUUCGGGUCUGAGCUGGUUCGGCUGAAGAAUCCGAGGAAGAGAGAUCUGGUAGAUCUCUACGAACGGUGUGUCCUUCGCAAGGAAUGAUUUACAUGAACAAGAAGAUCCUCCCUUCUUGUUCUUGUUUUUUUUUUUUGUGGAUUUGGAGAUUAUGAAUAGCUCGUCUUGUCAUGAUGAGGAACCUCAAGUUACUUUUUUCUUUUGUAGGCUAAGGCUUUGUUUGGUAGUGUCUAUGUCGGAAAAAAAAAGAUUUAGUUUUUGAUGAAGUUAUAACGAA